AUGAAGAAACCUCGACUAAUUUAUUACAACGAUGCCCAUCAUUUCAACGCAAAGCGGAUAGAACCGCCGGCUUCCAUCCAUAAGCUCCAAUGGCCCGUUGAUGAGGUACUUGGCACCGGUGUAGAUCUCUUAGUGUUGGGACUCGGAUAUGCUGAUGUAUAUUUCCAUAACAGCAAGGUUGGGCGUGUUGUGGGGCAGAUGAAAGAGGUUUGGGCAAAUUACAUCGACUGGCGAAUUAUGCGGAUGGUAGAGGAAGCCCAAAAAAUGGGCACCGACCAAGUACGCGAAGCCAUCAAACGAGGUCAUGAAAUGGGGCUUGCCGUAUUUCCUUCCCUGAAGUUACAGGCAAGUUCCCCGCCGGGAAGCGAGCGGUGUGGUCUGCUGAAAUGGAACCAUGGUGCCGAGGUAUGUAUUGGAGAGGAAGGAAGAGCGGAAUGGUGUUAUGACUUUGCUCACGAAUUAGUGCGACAGGAAAAACUUGCUGUGCUUAGGGAGAUUUUGGAGGACUACGAGGCUGAUGGGAUAGAAUUGGACUUUAUGUUCGAUUCAUAUUAUUUCAAGCAGGAUGAGAUAGAGAAAAACAUCCCGUUGAUGAAUCGCUUCAUUGCUGAAAUUCGGGAGAUGGCAAACGCUAUCGGAAAUCAACAGGGAAGAGAAAUCCCCAUCAUGGUGCGCGUUGAUCUCGAAAAGGAAAAAAAUCUGUCAAUGGGACUGGAUGUGGAAACAUGGCUCAAGGAAGGUAGCAUCAAUUACGUCGUUGGACAAGACCCGUAUGUGCUGACCGAUACGCAGCCAAAACCUCGCUGGAUGCCCGAUGCUGCUAAUGCAGCCGGUGCCGCAUCCUACUAUCGUCCACCCCGACGCGUCUAUGAUGAACGGGUCGGUCUACCGAGUAUUGAAAUGUACAACGCAUUAGCGCAGACACUCCGAUGGGAUGGCUGGGCUGGCAUAUAUGACGGUUACCUGUCCUGGCCCUUCAGCGAAAGGGAAUACCAGAUUCUGCGAGAGGUGGCUUAUCCUGAAGUCCACGCACGGAGUGAUAAGCGUUAUCUACUUCAACCGCGAGAGGGAGAACUGGACAAACCGACAACUACACCGGGGCGUCAACUACCAUUGGAGAUUAAGGAGGGAGAAACCGCUGCUGUCAAUAUCUGGGUUGCCGAUGACAUCGAAAGUGCCAAGCAAGACGGAGAGAUACGCAAACCUAUCCUCACCCUUCGCUUCUCCUUCUUCUGUAUUGAGGAUGAUAUUGAAUUCCGUUUCAAUGGCAAGGUACUGCCUUGGGAGGAUGCGGAGAUCACUGACGAACGUGCCUUGACCAUCGCGGUAAAACUCGCGGGUUCGAUGCACAUCCAAGCACCACUCGGUAUGUCCGCCCACUGGUUUCGGUACAAACUGGAACUGGAUGACAUCAAACGAGGAAAGAAUACCUUUGAAAUUACAACAAAGCAUUUGACAAAGACAGCAGGUUUCACCCGUAGUCUCAACGGUGUCGAGAUACAGACACGUUAUAAGGACUUUCUCCGCCCGGAAGGAUUGGAGGCAGAGCGGAUUGCACCAUCGGGCGGAUAG